UGAAAGGUGCUGCAGGAAUUGGAAGAUCGAUGGAGUUAUUCUGUAUCUGUCUGUCUUUGGUCAGCCUCUUAAUCGCUCUAUUUAUUUUGACUCACUUCAGCACCCUAAAAUGCCACCGUACCCGCAUCCAUAAGCAUCUGUUUCUUGCUUUGAUCAUCUUCUGUACCAUCACGACAAUCAUCGAUGUUGAUGAAUUAAUCGGUUUCUUUCGGGAGGAUAUGUGCUCCAUUAUCCCAACAGAUUCAAUUUUGUCGACGCCAAUAUUAUGUGAAAUCAUCGUGGUUCUGAGGGAGUACAGCCGCUUUGCUUUAUUUGCAUGGAUGUUUAUUGAAGGUUACUACUUGAAUGGGUUGGUGUCAGCGUCUGUGUUUGGGAGUCCAAGAUUUAUUCUAUACUACAUUUUUGGCUGGAUGUCUCCCUUACCUUUCAUUCUACCGUGGGUAAUAUCCAUGUCAAGGUCGUAUACUUUACCGUGUUGGCAUGACUAUUACAAAUCAGGGUACUACUCUAUUAUUGAAGUACCACGAUUGCUGUUACUCACGAUUAAUAUCGUUCUUCUUGUCAACAUUAUUCGAGUUCUCGUCACAAAGCUACGUCAGAACAAUUCUGGAGAAAGCCAGCUUGUACGGAAAGCAAUCAAAGCGACGGCCGUUUUAACGCCACUACUUGGAGUUUGCAAUCUCAUGUAUUUGGUAUCGCCGGUCACCGAACCAACUGAGAGUAAAGUACUUAUUGUUUUUACAGUUUGUAUUUUUAAACUACUCCCUGCAAUACAGGGCUUCAUCGUGGCCUUACUUUACUGCUUCUUAAACGGGGAGGUACUGGCCGUACUACGUCGUCGAUGGUCAAGUUGGCGUCUUAGGCGGAUAAGUGGUAAUCCAAAUCGUAGGACAUCAGCCUCAGUGUUUACAACACUUACCGAUGACUCCGAGGCCGGUACGCGUCGCGCCAGUGCCCGCCAAACCUAUGUGCGGAUGGCGACAAUUCGGGAUGAUGAUGAGGAGCAGCUGGACGAAAAAUCACCGUGCAAUCCUCAAGUCCACAUUGCUGUUGAAGAUGCAAACCAGAAUAACAAACUAAACGGCCAUGUUUGAGGAAUUCAUUCCGUAAAAGACACUCAAAAGGAUUACUAUAAUCAUGGCGUUAGAAUAAAGAGGUUAUUAAGCAUCCAUCUAGUUUGUGAAUUCAGAUACAUUUGGAUCUUAGAGCAGUCUUUACAUUGCGAUGGGUAGAAUAAAUGUGACCAUAGAGAGAUAUAAAUAAAAGAGAACACGAUACGUUAUGUUGAAUAAUGCUAACGGAUAAGCAGGGUCUUGAAAGGUUAAUAAUGUAAUCGUAAAAUAUCCUUCGUAUUUUGAUUUCAAUUUCCAAAUGGAUGUUCUGCUUUCAGCACGUCUCAUGUAGUCAAAUUAUAUUGUAAAUACAGCUUAGUCAAAUCUUGACAUACAUUUUAACCGGUAAUUGUUUGCCUCGAACGGAAUGUCUGCGCGUGCGUAUUAUCUAGAGAUAUGGAAUCAAAUUAUUUACCUAUUGAACGUGCUGAGCCGGUCGCACAAGGUAACUAAAGUCAGGCACUCAUUGCGUUGUACGACCGUCGGCCGACGAAUCCAACUCCGGCCGCUAAUUGUCGGUAGUAGUCUGAACGAUCCGUUGCGCGCGCGUCUAGCUUGGAGUUGUGUUCUCCAUGAUAUCUCGUCGGCCGACAACCGUCGUGCGCAGUGAGUGCCCUGCUUUAGGUAUCGCCGUUCAUAACCCGGAAUAACUUGUCGAUUGCUGACACGUGCUAAUCCACCCAAAAUAUUGGAAGUUCAUAACUAAAAUCAAAUUUAUUUGAUUCUAAUUUGUCGUAUUUGGAUUUAAAGGGACAUUCAUUGAGACAGUUUCUUAUAUUUUUAGCAGAUAAAUCAUUCAUCAUUUGACAGAAAUGAUGAUAUUUUUAAAUCGAUGUGGCGGGAUCAACAAGCCCGGAUUUGGUCAGAAGUUGUUGGCAUAACAUUUGACAGCAAUCCAUGAAAAUCUAUAUUUGUUUAUGAAUCUCCGCUUGGGAUAUGAAAUACCAUUAAUGUAGCAAUUUAAUGUGAUACACGCUUGAAAGCUUACGCUGUGACGCACAUGUUGUAAAUAUCAGAUGGUUUGUCAUGUAGGCCUACGCUGAUAAAAAAGGGAUUCACCGAUUUUUGUCACGAAUAUCGGUAGUUGUGUGGCAAGCGUCUACAGCAUCAUAGCCAAUCGCGAAGAGAAAAGAUGUUUUAGACUUAAUAGGAAUUAGGUCAAUGCAGAUAUUUCUAUUAUUACGAGACACGUGACUAAUAAAGGUAGGCCUAUAUAUAAGUGCGUAUGGCGCUAAAAUAAGUAUUCAAAUCAACACGGACCACAUGUGUCUAUUUUGCAUGUGAUUGUAAAAUCACCUUGAUAUAUUCUACCUGUAAAUACAACUUUUAAGUGUUGUGGUUGAUUCGGAUUUCCGGAAAAAAAAUCAAGAAAACGUUAAUAAAAGUUGAAUGGGAUUGUCUAUAAUUCAAAUCCACUCCAUCCUAAGCCGUGGAUUAUCUGAGGCCUAAGUUUAAGCAUUAAAGCAAAGAUACUAGAAACACAAGAUAGGGUUCUCCACAGGCAAAAAAAUGUUCACCGAAAUGCAUUGUGGGAAUACAAACAAUGGGGCGCCGCGUACGGCUGGAUUUAAAAACUUAUGACAAAUUUUACAUCACGGUGACCUCCAGCGGCCCGUUUAUAUAUUGAAAACUGAAGGGCGCCGCUUACGACUGGAUUUGCGUAAAAGAUGUGACGUAUAUCCGCCUCACUUUCGCUGUGCGAGUGCUCUAUCUUGUAUUUCUAGUAUCUUUGAUUAAAGUGUUUUCUGUGUAAAGUUUGAAUACGAAUGAAAAUAUUUUAAUUGUAAAAAUGUACAGCUGAGUAAUUUAUAUUGGUUGGUUUUUCAUUAGGCUUAUUAUAAAACUGGAUAAACCAGUGGACAUUUCGUAUAAAAUACAAAAUCAAAACACUAUAAAAUAAAACAAAACUGACUCCUAGCGAGAGUAAACGCCAUAAACAUGGCAAACAUCAUAAACGUUAUAGAUAACCGAAUUAGAAGAGUCUACAUAAAAGUGAAGAAAAACAAUUAAAGAUUUAGAUUGGUUCCUUGUUCCCAACCCUCUGUUUCAGACGACAGGGCUGUAUUGUACAAAUUUGUUUUACAUUAUUUAAAUUAAAAUCAGGAAUUAAAAGAAAAUUGUUAUGCGACAGGUUUAUUAUACAAAUAUCAACACAUCAAUAGAUGGAUUAUAUUUGGAUAUUUCCUGGAUGUUUUAGAUAACUGUUUGUCAUUAAAUGAUUUAUUCAUGCUCCUCUGUAACAGUCAGCACUUGAUGUUGACAAUAUAUUUAUUACACAUGUGGGUAUCGUUAUUGAAUACAGUAAUAAUUGUAUAAAUCAUAAGGAAUAUAAAUUCUACAGUUAAGGUGUAUUUUGAAAGGUGCUAAGCAGGCGCCAACACUUGUAGAAAUUAUGUGUUAGUAUUGUCACGUUCAAUUAACAGUAUCAAUAAAAAUAGAUGUCAUCCAAUCAGAGUUAUCCACACGGUUUAUCCCUCUUGAAUGGGUGACAAAAUUAAAUGCAUGCCUAAUACCUGCCAGACAAAUUUCUUUUCAUCGAAAGGUAAAAAAAAAAGGUGGUAACUGGCAUGUAUAAAAAUAACCCUUAGGAAGUACAGUGGUGGUGAUAAAUUUCGAUUUUUCAUCAAAAUAGCUUUAGAAAUGUCAAAACCACUUGCAACUCUUAAAUCACUCAUAGAUGAAAUAAUGGGUUUGCUUAUAAGAUUACAAAUAAUUCUUAACAAGUAGGACCUUAUAAAGACACUAUUGUAACUCUUCGGUUAUUUACUUUAAUUUAAACACCAUCAUUACGAGAACCACUGUACAUGUAAUCUACAUUACUGAUUUAAUGUGGUUGGUUUUUUUUUUCAAACUGUAUGUCCACAUUAUAGGCCUAGAUCGAUCCCAGAAAUUAUAGCCCUACAACCACGGAAAAUAUUUUCUUUCCUUGUUAUAUUAUCCAUGACAGAAACAAAAAUCACACGGUAGAGAGUUUAGUAACUAGAAAACGUAAAAGUAAUCGACGUUUAUUUCUAUAAUGACUCAGUUAUCGCUGAAUAAUCAAUCUCCAUUUUCUUUUUAUUCGUUUAAGCAUAGUGUUAAUUAUUCGACCAAAUGCACAAAUAGUACCAUAAAGAAGAGACUAAGAGUUCGAAGAUAGAAAAAUGUUCACUAUUAACAGACAUUGCGUUUAAAAUUAAUAGGACAAUUUUUUGGUGUAUUUCACCUCAUACCAUGAGCCUAUGUAAUAUCGGUAUCUUUCUAAUUUAGGACGUUUUGUAUUCUCUGGAGGAAGUGCAGUACCAAUGGCCAAAUCAACGGUCUCUCAAAAUGUCUCAAAAUUUAAGACUAUUCUUUAAUGGGCCAACCCGCUAUGUAUCAACAUAUUGUUAAAACAAUGACCAAAUAUUGCUUAGGAUAACGCCAUUUACAUAUGCCUGUGAGUGUUUGACAUUUCGCACGUCGAUAUAAAUGCAAUGAAUUAAUAAUGUUUAGUGUUUUAUUUAAUAUAUAUUGGUGUUGUAAAUAUGUAAAUUAUGCAAUUUCAUACAAUAUUAAAAGGUGGAAUUAUGAAACAUUAACAUUAAUUUUAAAUAAAAUAUGAAUGGACAAUAUUUAAAAGUAAUAACAUCAUUGGAAUGAAUAGCAAUUAUAUUUUAGCUGUCUUUACCUAAUAAUGCGUUACGAAUCGUAUUGGGAGAGUUCCAAUAAAAUAGAAAGUUACACGAGUGUUGUAGAUUUAUGAAGUUGAUAUCCUCUAUUAGGAGGUAGGACUAGAUAGAACAUAUUAACAAAUCGUUAAAUACCAUGUACAUACAUACAUAUACAUACAUACAUACAUACUAUAAUGAAAUGUGUAGAUAUUGUUGUAAGUUGGAUUUUAAUGAAAAAUUAUUAAAAUCACCACAAAAUGCA